AUUGUGGCUGGAGCAGCAGAUAAUGACUGGGGCCUUUUGGUGUUUCAGAUGCCGGUGACCUUCGAGGAGGUGACUGUGUAUUUCACCCAGGGGCAGGGGGCUCUGCUGGACCCCGCUCAGAGAGCCCUCUACAGGGACAUCAUGCAGGAGAACUACGAGACGGUGACCUCGCUGGGAUUCCCUAUUCCCAAACCUGAGCUGAUCGCCCGGCUGGAACGAGGGGAGGAGCCGUGGGUGCCCGAUCUCCGGGCCUGCGAGGAAAAAGAGAUCCCGAAAGGAACAUGCACAGAUGCCGGUGACCUUCGAGGAGGUGGCUGUGUAUUUCACCCAGGGGCAGCCUGCCUGACAGGGCCUGUACCCCGGUUCUCCUCCCUCAAUCCCCACCCCCCACAUGCCUCUGUCCCAGCCUCCAGCAUGGCCCAGCCGGGCUCCCUCUGA